GUUUUAAGUUUUGCCUGUUGCUGGGAUGGUACGUCUACUAAAUUGCAAAUAUCGAACAGAUACGUUUAGAUAUUCAACAUCAAAUUCUAAUAAUCAUUAUACACCGAGAGAAAUAGAAACACACUAAAAAACAUGAUAUCUAAUGAAAUAUUUAAUGAAGAAUCUAGUAAAAUUCUAACGUCAUUAUUAUAAGUAUUAAUAAUAACUCCCAAAAGAGAUAAAAAGAAAAGUGUGGACUGCUGUAUAGGAAGAUAAGUUUAGAUGGUUAUGGGAGAAGAGAUAAUUCUUGGAGAGAUGUAGAGGAGCUCUUUAGGUUUUAAAGAGUAUUUCUAGUGUAAGUCUCUUCUGUUUGAAGAGUUCAAUAGUAAGAGGUCAACUCAAGCGGAGCUCUCUCCAACAUGCUCAACAAUCACUUUUCGUAAACACUGAGUCUGCUAUAUAAACCACCAUAGAUUUAUUGGCCAUCUGCUUAAAGGACCUUUCUACAAAAUAAGGAACCAUGGCAAGUCAGGAAAUCAGCUGAACGUGUUACGUUCUGGUCACCUUUCACCUGAUGACAUCAACAUGCAGCACAUGAAUGCCGACAAAGAACUUUUUCUGGACAUACUCACCAAAGAGGAACGAGAAGCUUUAUUGACUAAAAAAAUGGAGGAAAUUCGAAAAAAGAAUGAAGCUCUUCGGAAAAGGCAUGAAGAAAUUGAAGCAGAUAAAAGACAAGCAGAAAAGAUGGUCAAACCAACAUCCCCAAAGAAAGAAAUCAAGAGUGUGGAUUUCAAACCUGUGAAAAAGGAAGAAUUUCAUCGCCAUUCUGGCUCUGACUUUGAUUAUCUAAAAUUACGGACUGACAUGGAGAUGACCCCUACUGUUGACAGCUUGAUAUUACCAGAUGUGAAGUUUUAUUCCAAAAUUCUUUCUGAAUUGGAAGUGAAAAGGAGACCAAAACCACCUAUACGUGGCAAAGGCCCAGGUAACAGAGUCAAAGAACGACCAAAGUCUUUGCAGGAUGAGAAUGGAGAUCUAUGUAUCGACAGUGUCUAUCGAGGUCGCCGGUCUAUGCAUGCAGUGGGUCCGACAGGUGGGCAGCAUCGGCUUGAGCGAAUGACCACUGUACCUAAUAAUGAAAUGAAUGAAAUUCAUAUUCAAAUUACUGACAACGUUCCUGAAUACCGGCCAAAUUUCGCUAAUAUAAGGCAAACCAGAGAUAAACAUAGGGAGAGAGAGCGAGAAAAGACUACAGACUUCAAUGGCCCACCACCUGACCCUGCCUACAACUUCCUUGCAGAUAGACGCCGUGAAGGUCCUGGUUAUGACCGAGGUGACAGGGAUGGAGGAGGAGGAGGUGGAGGAGGAAGCAGUGGCAGUGGCGGGAGAGGAGGAGGAGGAGGGGGAGAAUGCAGCAACAUAAAAGAUAACCGUGUAAAAGAUAUUCGCAGGCACCCAAAAAACUAUGGUGGAAUUGAUUUCCAAAAUGUGAAAUCAAAAAUGAAAGCUGCAAGAGAUAGACAGAGUUUCAAUUCCACUCCUCCGACAAAGAUGGAGAUGUCUAUAUCGAUGACAGGUCGUGAGAGACGCCAAUAUAUGGAAUGGAAAGCAGAGAGAGACCGAGUUGACAAAGAAAGAAUUGAGAGACAAAAAUCUGCUUCAGGAGAAUGGCGAAGAGAAUGGGAUGCUGAGAAACAUCAGCAAGAGUGCAAUGUCAAUCAACAGUUCAAACUAAUGCAGGUUCCCCCAAUGUAUGAAGAAAAUUCAAAUGCAAGACGUCAGGAGUUAUCUCGCCGACCAGUGGAGUCUGUCUGUGUGUCAGAAGAGAUGAGGCUUUGUUCAAACGUUCAGAAAAGCAUAUCACCUGAAAGGAGACAAAAAGUAGGACUACUAUCUGGUCGAAUUGGCAGUGGUCGUUUUGACCGUGGCGAAAGAGAUGACCGCCAGAGGGGUGAAGCCCCUGGAACCAAAGUAGUUUCUUGCCCUGCAGAAGUGACUGAAUUGAAGCGCCCUAGCCGAAUAGGUGAGAAAGCUGAUAAAGGAAAGAAGCUGUUGGGUCGAGGCCGUGGAAGAGGUCGUGGUAUAACAGCACCACCUCGAAGUCGUAUCAUACCAGCAAAUCUUGCUAGUGAUUCUCGUAAAGUUGAGUGUACAAGGGAUCUGCUUGUUGUAAAGAUAGACAAUGCUCCAGGUGCUCGAGAUGAUGUAGAAGUUGAAUACUCUGAUAACGAUAAUAUUGCAUUACGGUCAGUCGGUGGUAGUGGAAUUGCUUCAGCUAGCAUACCUAUUUCAUAUGAUCAGACAUCACAUUCUAUCGUAAGCUCUCCUUACAGUAAGUCCUGUCCUACAUCAGGCUGUGCUCCUGCUGAAAAAAUGUGGGAUACCAUACAGGAGAAUUCAUGGGACCAGUCUCAGAUUAACCUGCAAAAUGGUGACCACCUUCACUGUGGCAAUGAUGAGGAAGAUGACGACGACGAAGAUGAUGAUGAUGAUGAUGAUGAAGAGGGUGUUAUGCUGGAAGACGAAUAUAUUGAAGAUGGAGAGCUUUACAGUGGUAUAUAUGAAGAUGCUGAAAAUGAAGCCAAUUAUGGUCUUGUACAUGGCAUGGUGGAAGGUGAGGAAUGGGAAGACUGUCCCGAUGAGGAUGACUAUUGCGUUGAAGAUGGUCAUCUGGUUUAUGAUAGCACUGAUAAAAUACAGGAAAGUCUUCGACUUGACUGUCAGCUAAAUCCUGAAGCCCCAGCUUUUGUUCCCACCUCACCAGAUUUUUUGAAUGCUCCAUCAGAAAAUGACAAACCUAUCAACCCGGCCUCUAUAGAGCAAGCCAAAGAGUCUCUUGUUCAAAACAAGAACAAAAGUGUUCAACCCCCAAUUUUGAGUAGCAGCUCAGCUAAAGAAUUUUCCGCUAAUACUGUUGACAAAGAUGAGGUCCAUGAAAAUAAAGUAUUAAAUGACUCUUCCUCCUCCUCCUCCUCCUUAAAUCAAAAUCUUUGCAAAUCAGAUUCUCAGAAAGUUGCUGAGAAUCCUGAUAAAUUGACUAAGACUGAUAACGAAGGAUUAAAUUGCCAUGACAAAUGUGAAGAUAAAGCUGAUGGUGAUGCUGUUGAUGAGAGUGAUGCUAAACCGGAAAAUAGCUCAGAAGCAUUUACAAAAAGUUUAUCAGAUUCAGAUAGCCUUGUUCCUGAUGCAGAUAUUGAGACCAACAAAUUAGAAAAAACUAAUUUAGACCCACUGGCAACAAAAUCUGAUGAAAGUGUUCAUAGUCACAAUGAACAAUCAGCAAAUAAGGUAGAGAAUUCUGAUUCUAAAACCAAAGUUACUACAGAAACAGUUAGAUCUGAAAAUGAACAUAAUUCUAAUGAACAAAUAGCUAAAGAAGAAAAUAUAAUUAAGGAAACCGAUGUAGUUGAUAAUAAAGAUAGCAAAGAGUUGAAAAGUGAAGAUACAGGCAGCAAAGAGUCGAAAAGUGAAGACACAGGCAGCAAAGAAGUUGCAGCAUCAAAAAGUGAAGAUAGUGAAAAAACCACAGUGCCAAACCCAGAAACUGAUACAAAAACAGAAAUUGUUAAUGACCAGGCUUCAGUGUGUAACACUGAAAGCAUUGUUAACGAACAGAAAGUAGAUGUCAAAAUAGAAGACGAUAUUUGUAAACAAGAAUUAGAUAAAUCCGUUGAACAAAACGUUAGCACUGAAUCAACUGAGUUAAGUGAAAACCUUGAGACCAAAACUAGUGGGGAGACAGAUGAUAAAGAAGAAAAAGCACCAGUGAAAGAAGACCAGAGUAAAGCUGAUGUUGGAGAUAGUUCCGAAAACUGUUCGAAUGUUACUUCUGAUGCUUCGAAGCAGAGAAAUGACAAUACUAGCAGAGAUGUUUUUUAUCCAACUGCAGAGGUUUGUGCAGUCACAAUCAAAGAAACAUUGCAGACUGUCAAAGACGCUGGUGCUUGGAAAUUAAGUGUCAAAGAUGAUAUUGAAACAGUAUCGGUGUACAAGAGUUCCAAUGAGUCUAAUGCCUCUGAUUCCAAAACUGAGGGUGUAGCUGCAGCAGGUUCUGUCUCCUCCUCCUCCUCUCAAAAUCCGUUGAAGGAAACUGUUUCUAAUAAUCUGCCAGACAGCAAUAACCAGUCUGUUAAUAAUGAAUGCAAUGAUCUUCACAAGAGCAGCACGGAUGAAAAAUCGAAAACAGAAUCUCCAGAUCUCGUAAGUGAUUGUUCAGAACAAGCAUUAAACUCUGUGUAGAACUGACUCUGAGACAGUUUAUAACAGAUUGUAUGGAAAAACAUCAAUCGUCAUCAACUGUCUGACACGAAGAACGCAUUUCGAAAUGACCCUAAGAGAUGUGGUCACAUAUUUUUAGUUCCAUGCCAAUAAUCAUAUAAUUAUCAUAUCAUCACUGCUUGCACUUUUUCUUUAUACUUUCUACUCUAACACUCUGGCCUUCAUAUCAAAAGACAAGCGCUACUAAGGCUACUGCACUUCUCAAAUAUAAAGUCUCCAACUUGUGAAAUACUUUGAUUUAGCUAUGGUAGCUUGACAACAAGAGUUUUUGAUGGAAACGGUAAUAUUUGACAAAUUCUCAGAAUUGUGUAUUUGUUUCAGCAAUCCUUUCUCAUUGAUACAGAAAUUCAAGGGAAAGUCUAGAAACACUUACUCCUACUGUUACUACUGCUAUUAUGGAAAAAGUU